AUAAUAUAAAAGCGGAAGAAAGAAAGAAAGGGCAGAAAAUAAAAUCGAAAAAAUAUAUCAAAAGGCUCUCUCUCAGUGUCCUCGCCGCGGAAUCGCCUUUCGAGCCUCGAAGAGACUCUCUCUAGGGUUCGGUUCAUAGAUAGAUUCCCCCUUCCUCCCUGCCUCAGCUGGUUUCGAUUCUCUUCAUCUCCGAUCGAGUUUAUAGAGGUUCAAAAGGUUUUUGAAAGGAUGGCACACAAUGGCAACGAUGAAGUUAUGGCAUCUCAGUGUGCCAGUGCUAUGGUUGAUAUCAAUAUCAAGACUUUGGAUUCUCAAACCCACACCUUACGUGUCGAUAAAUGUGUCCCUGUUCCCGCUUUGAAGGAGCAAAUUGCUUCCGUUACUGGCGUUGUUACAGAACAACAACGCUUGAUAUGUCGAGGACAAGUAAUGAAGGAUGAUCAACUCCUCUCAGCCUAUCAUGUUGAAGAUGGCCACACUCUGCAUAUGGUUGUCAGACAACCCAUUUCACCGUUAUCCGAGGGUUUAACUGGUAAUGCAGCGGCUGAUCCUGCUGCGAGUGCGGGUGACCAGCCGAGCGGUCAACGGUCACGAGUUUUAGUAGGAUCCUUCAACAUCGAUCAAGCAGAUGGAGUCUAUUCAGAUCUUGGUCAGAUUGUUUCAGCUGUUCUGGGUUCACUUGGGAUCUCUAAUACAGAAGGUGGUGGUAACGGUAUGGAAGGAAUUGAUUCUAUGGGUCCCCUUCUUGAGAGUCUAACUCGGAGUUCUGGAGGACGAUCUGUCACACCAAAUGAGGCUGACCAGACAUCUACACCCUUGGCAUCUUCACAACCAGCUGUGAUUCCAGAUUCAUUGUCAACCUUAUCCGAAUAUCUAAAUCAUCUGAGACAAGAAUUUGCUGCAAAUGGUAGCAAUGCUAAUAACUUGCAAGUUCCUGUAAAUUCAAUGGGCAAUGUGCAAGAGUCUGCUUCUACUACUGGAGAGAGUCGGAUUCCAAGGCCAUCUCAUUUGGCUGAAGUGCUGCAAUCAACAAGGCAAUUGUUGACCGGUGAAGUAGCAGAUUGUUUAUCUAAUCUCUCAAGGCAGCUCGUGGAUCAUGUUAACGUGACCGAUCCCUCAACCCGAAGGUUGUGCCAGUCAAACAUGAUUCAGUCAGGAACCCUCUUGGAGAACUUAGGCAUUUCGCUUAUGGAGCUUGGCCGUACCACCAUGAUGCUCCGUCUGGGACAAACACCUGAUGAUGCUGUUGUGAAUGCUGGGCCUGCAGUGUUCAUAUCCCCUACAGGGGGAAAUCCCUUGCCGUCACACUCGUCUCGGACGGGGACGAGUACUGGAGGCUUACAAGCAGGAACUACACAUUCUAGCCCUUUCGGUGGACAAUCAGUUACCUCUACCCCUAGAAAUAUUGAGAUAAGAAUACGCACAGGAUCUUGGAUGCCCUCUAGUGGGACAAACCAAAGAGAAGAAAGUAAUACACAACAAACCCCUGGACAGUCGGUCCCUCCUCCACCCAGCGGCACUACUGAUUCUUCCCCUUCAGUGAGAGGGCCAUCUGAAACUCCUCGAAAUCCUGUGGCCUUAGUUAUACCCGUUGUUGCUAGAUAUCAACAGGUAUCUACUGGCGAACGUAACUCCACUGGACUAAAUGGUGUGCAUCAGCCUGUCGCUGAAUCUUCUAGGCAGCCACAGAGUGCCAGUACUCCAGGUGAUAGCACUUCUGCUCCAGGCGCUCGAGGUUUCGCUGAGUUCAGAAACAGAAUCCAUCAGAUUUUGAGACCCGUGACUAGUCGAGAAGAGCCUCAGGUGGCAGUAUAUUCAUCGGCCACAGCAUCAACGGAAACAAACGAAGCAGUUUCAAAUGCACAAGUAGAGCCAGCAGCAACAGGGAUGGAUGAAGGGAAUUUCAUAUCAAGUGUUCUUCAGCAAAUCAUGCCAUUCAUAUCUCAAAACGUGCCUUCCUCAAGCUCAGCUGAAACUGCUGGCAGAGCCAGCAAUAGCAAUAGACAAGCCUCUUCAAGACAGGAGGAGGAAGGAGCAGAGAGAGGGGAAUCAAGUAGGAGACCUGAACCACCGUCAUCUCCAGAGUCAAAACGUCAGAAGAGAGAGUGAGAGAGUUUGUUGGCGCAAGAGAAAAAAGAGCAAGGGAGUGGGAAGCACACACUUUUUGAAGAGUGAUAGUUUUUUUUUUACUUCUUUGGUUAUUUAUUCUCUGAGCUUUUGUGAUUCCAGAGAUGGUUUUGACAUUUCAAUGGUAUUGGGUAGGAUUACCUAAAACUUGUCCAUUUUAUUUAUUUAUAUAAAAUUAUGUUACUUUCCCAAAA